UGCCUCUAAGACUCGGCUAACCUCGGAUUUGCUACUUACAUACUAUAGGCUGAUAUCUUUGCUACUAAUUCACGAAAGCAUGUUUUUUCUAGAAUUAUCACUGCCGUUCCUUCAUGGAAGACUUGAGGCGGUGCAGCCGAAUACGAGAUCCUGGUCCUCCUGCGUCUAUACAAGCUUUUGAUCACUGUCUUGUCAUCUACCAUUUCGAAAUGUAUCAGCCAUGCUUCUCCGUGAGUACUAACUUGAAUCUCGGAUACACUUUGGUGUCAACUCAGUUUACUCGGCCCGUUCAGUUUGAGGCAGGGAAACAAGCAUCCAGCAAGGGACUAUAAGAACAAUCGAAAUGGAGCCAAGGGAUGGGUAUUUCGCAGCACAAUCAUAACCACCCUCCUCUACAGAAAGCACUAGCACCAUCAAAAUGCAUUCUCUCCAGAUCUUCACUUCUUCUCUUGCUAUCGGCCUCGCGGCAGCGGCGACUCCUUCCGGCUUUACUCCGUCUGUCGAUGCGGACGUUGGCGUGGUUUUCACCGAAGAUGAAAGCCACCUAACUCUGACUUCUGGAGCCUUGAUCAAUCAAAACUGGACCAUCAAUACUCCUACCUUGUACCUAGAGGACACCACCUCCACUGAGGACGAGUACGUCAUCAUCAUGAUCGACCCAACCAUCAAUGAGGAUGGUGUCUCAACGGCCGCUCUACACUGGUACCAGCCAUACUUGGCCUAUUCGUCUGGUGUCUUGGAAAUCAGCAACACGAGCGCCCCAAACGCGGAGUACGUCUACCCGACACCGCUGGAAGGGCCUGCCCACGAUUACAUCCUGCUGCUCUACAGCCAGCCAGAGGACUACUCCCUGCCUGUCUGUCUCGAGAGCUUGCUGCCUGCAACAGACGCGGCCCGUCUUGGCUUCAAUAUUGAUGAGUUCGAGGAAGUAACGGGCUUGGGUACUCCCGUGGCGGCGAAUUGGUUUCAGGUCGUGAACCCUACCCCUGCCACUACCACCUAUGCGAUCACGUCUACUCUCGUUUCCACAUACGCGUGUGAGGCCACCGCUACUUCUAGCUCAUGAGGGUGUCGAAGUCUGUUG